GUGGUUGCACUGUGUUGUGUAGAGUUUAGGCCUCACAAUUUCUCCCAACAAUGGCAGCUACUCUCUCCGUCCGGCCCAACCGUCUCUCAACUAGCUCCCCCUUCAUUCGACCACCGCCAGUUCUUCCAACGCAUCUUCACACCCACACAACCAUCACUGCCGCCAAUAAGGCCGAAGCGUGGAGAACGCUGGUGGUGAUUCCGAAGAGGCGGCGCGUUUUAGGGGGGAACGCAAGGGCGGGGUCGCGAGCCGAUGAUUCGGCGCCGUUUGAGAUGUCCGUGGAGAACGCGCUCAAGCUACUUGGAGUGUCUGAAGGCGCCUCCUUUGACGAUAUCCUUCGCGCCAAGAACGCGAUUGUCGCUUUGUGUAAGGACGACCCCGAGGCCGUCGCACAGGUUGAGGCGGCAUACGACAUGCUGCUUAUGCAGAGCUUAACUCAACGCCGAGCAGGAAAAGUUGCUAGCAGUAGUAUCCGCUUUGCUGAUGUCAAAUCUAAAAAUGCUUCUGGAACAGGAUCAAUGCAGCAAUGGCUACAGGCUACUUUCAAGAAAGUACCUGUUUCGAUUGAGGCACCAUCGACUGGUGACCUGGGUAUACAAGCUGGUGUAUAUGGAGCAUUGAUGGUUUUAACAUAUGUUAAUGGGGCUUCAACAUCCUCUACAGCAGCUUAUGCUGGGAGUGAUGUUCCAGGGUUGAUCUUGGCUGCAAGUUUUGGAGCUUCUUUAUACUUCAUGACCAAAAAGAAUGUGAAGUUAGGGAAGGCCACAGUAUUAACUAUAGGGGGGCUUGUGGCUGGAGCAGUGGUAGGAUCUGCUGUUGAGAACUGGUUGCAAGUGGACAUCGUGCCGUUUCUUGGCAUACACUCUCCAGCUGCUGUGGUUAGUGAAUUUAUACUGUUUUCUCAAUUCUUGGUUUCUCUUUAUCUACAGUAGGCGAAAGAGGAGGUCGUAAUUGUCACUUGAAUCGUAGAACCUGUAAUUAUUCAUUUGUACUAAGAUCCUAGUUUUAUUAGGAUGUGUACAUCAUUGCAAAUUGUACAAAUUCUUCUUGAUAAUGACUAUAAAGAUGAACAGCCUUCCGAGGGAAUCAACUGAAUGAUUGUACAAUUUGUGCUUGUUCACCUGCCAAUUUAGUUUUCAUGAUAAAUAU